GACUUCUUGCCAGUUCCGGGCAAGCCCGAACGUGCAUGGCCAGCGUGGAAACGUGCUUUCUUGAUGUUCCUUGAGGCGUCCGGCUUGGACAGUGUUGCGCCUAGUCGAAAAAAGGCGAUCUUGUUUUCCAUGCUUGGGGCUGAGGGCCAGAGAAUUGUUGACGCUUUUCAGCUCGAUGAGACUCCCGCUUCCGAGGAAGGCGAUGUUUUUGAAGUCUUUUUGAGUGCUAUCGAGAAGCACUUUGAGUUUUCUGGGUGUAUCGCGCUGGAACGCCAAAAGCUUCGCGCUCGCGUCCAACGCCCGGGAGAAACCGUCUCGGAGUACUUGACCGCUCUGCGACGCCAAGGGUCUUUUUGUUCUUAUGGAGACGCUUUGGAAGAGAGGCUUGCUGAGGUCUUUUUGGAGGGGUUGGACUCUAAGCGGGUCCAAGACCGCAUCCUUCGAGAGUGUGUGGGGACGGGGGUACCCACUUUAACCCGUGUCGUUCAGCUCGCGCUGCAGUACGAGCAACUUGCGCGCACCACAGAAAGCUUCCACCUGCGAGCUCCCAGUGCUAGCGGUGCGGCGCCGGCAGCCGUUGAGCGCGUCUUUGCGCACGUGCCCAUUGGAACGCCGGACGUCCAAGAUGGAGGUCCAUGGCCGGCACGGAGAUGA